AUGGAUUUUAAUAAAAAUAAUAUUUAUAAUUUAGAUAAAACUUCAAUAGAAUUGUGUGAAUUUUCAAAGCCAAAAAAUUUACAACCAUAUCAAUUCAGAGAAAUAUACAAAGAUAAAUAUAUUGAAGAUAAUAACAAAUAUAAAAGUGUUUCCAGAAAAUUUGAAGUACCAAAAGAGUAUGGUGAAUCAAUUAAUGUAUUAUUUUAUUAUCCAGAUAAUUUCGAUCAAAAUAGUAGCACCAAGUUACCAGUAAUUAUCUUUGUUCAUGGUGGUGGAUUUAUUGUAGAUGGACUAAAAAAACUUCCAAAUGAACUAUGCAAUAGAACCAAUUCAAUAGUGGUAUACCCAGAAUAUUCAUUAGCACCAGAAUCAAAAUAUCCCAUUGGAGUUGAACAAUGUUACCAGGUUCUAAUAGAUUUAUCAAAUAACAAAUACAAUUUAAAUAAUCUAGAUUUAAAUAAUAUUUCAGUAUUUGGAGAAUCAUCAGGUGGUAAUUUCGCAUUGUCAUUAUGUUUGUUAGCAAAGAGCCGUGACCACCCCUCAAUCAUUAAAAAAGUGAUAGCUAUCUAUCCAGUGGUCGAUUACAAUUUCGAAACCAAGUCCUACAAAGAAUUUGAUGGCUAUUAUUUAUCAAUAGAUGCAAUGAAAGACUGUUGGGCCUACUAUCUUAGAAGUGAACAAGAUUCAAAUGAAUAUAGAUGCUGUCCAUCAAAAGCAACCAAAGAUCAACUUAAGGAUCUAGUUCCCCAAGCAUUGUUUAUAACUCCAGAGGUAGAUGUAUUAAGAGAUGAAGGUGAGCAAUUUGCAAAAAGUUUAUCAGAGGCCAAUAAUGGAAAAAAUGUUACAUCAUUAAGAUUUAAUGAGGUUAUACAUGGAUUUCUUUCAUUGGACCAAUUGGACAGUUCAAGUCAAUGUAGAUUGGGCAUGGAUUUUAUUGUAAAUUUUCUCAAUAAUAUUCCUUUAGAGAAACUUAUUGAAGAAUCAUCAAAUAAAAAAUUAAUAACAAGAAUAGUUUAA